AUGCCCAGUUACUUGCAUAAAGUUUCACACAAUGAACUGUCGGUGACCCCGCUCGUUUGGCCUUUGCAGGCGAUAUAUGAAGACGACAAUAAUAGAUCUUUCCAUUACAACCGCUCCUAUCGAAAUAUGGUGUUUCCAAACAUCGACAUAUCCACACCCCUAUGGAUCGCCCUGGCUGUCGGCAUCUUGGUCAUAUAUCGGAGCUUCUCUCAUUCUUCCCAUGAGUCUCCCCUAUUCCCGUUCCCUGGGCCACCGGCAUGGCCGAUUGCUGGUAAUAUCCCGUCUCUGUACCGCCGAAAUGUAGAACAGCAAUACGCGAAAUGGGCCGCGGUCUACGGGGAUGUCUUUAAGGUUAAACUCGGCGUCAUACCCGUCCUAGUAAUAAGCUCAGCAAGCGCAGCACAGAAGAUACUAGUGGGCAAAUCAUCAGCGCUGGCUUCGCGGCCGAGACUCUAUACGUUUCAUGAAAUCAUUUCUCGAAAGAUGGGCCCGACAAUAGGCACAUCGAGCUACAAUCCAGCCUUCAAGCGAAGUCGCAAGGAAACAGCCCUUGGACUGGGCGCGCCAGCAGUGAAGAUAAACCUGCCGCAUAUCGACAGGGAAACACGGCAGCUGGUAACUGAAUUGUUGUCUCAUGGCAAUAACGGGCUUACACCAGUCGAGCCCUCUCGAUUAGCCGCGCGAAUGGCCUUGAGCUUGUCCGCGUCGCUAUGCUACGGCCGCCAGAUGUCCCUGGAAGACCCCCUCACGGACGAAAUCCUAUCCGUUGAAGACGCGAUCCAUUUCCUGCGCAGCACGACGGGGAACCUCCAGGAUUAUAUUCCUCUAUUUCGAAGAUGGCCGUUGAACGGGAACAGUCAGCGAGCGAGACGACUCCAAGUGCGUAGAGACGCUUAUGUGGUGAAGAUUAACCAAGAGGCGAACUGUAAACUUGAACAGGGAAUCCGUGAGAGUUGUCUCUACACGAAGAAUCAUCUCAGUUCGCAUCCGCUGGCUCAGGGCGAGCUUUCGGCUGUUCUGCUGAGUUUCCUGUCUGGGGGCCUUGCGACAACGCGCAAUAUCCUUCUCUGGUGCUUCACUAUUCUUGCUGCACGGCCUGAGAUCCAGAAAACGGCGCAUGAAGCAAUCCGUCUGGUAUAUUCCGACGACGGAAAAAUCUUUGGAUCUGAGAUCGUGGAGGCCGAAGAAGUCCAGUAUAUACGGGCAUUUCUUCGUGAGUGUCUGAGGUUUUACACUCCAGUGCGACUGUCUCUUCCCCGACUUACUACUCAAGAGUUUGAGUAUGAGGGCAAAACUGUCCCGUCAGAUACCAUGGUUCUACUGAACGCGUGGGCGUGCAACAUGGACCCCUUAGUAUACGAUGAUCCAGAGGCCUUUCGCCCUGAGAGAUGGCUCGAGAACCAAGAUCUGCCACUCUUCGCCUUCGGACUGGGGUACCGGGUGUGUCCCGGGUAUCACCUUGCGAACCGCGAGAUCUAUGUGGCAUUGACUAGAAUAAUCGCCGCGUUCGAGAUCAAGGCUGUAAGCCAGAUUGAUGCAGAUCCGAUUACGGGAUGUGCUGAUCCUACUGACCUGGUAAUGGCGCCACUGAGCCAUAGGUUUUGUUUUGUGCCACGGGAUUUGAAGUGCUUGAAGGAGGUCCUGGGUGGUGGAAAUUGA